UAAGUUAGGGGCAAGUGGAGGACGGGUGUCGGUAUCCAUGUCAUCAUAGGCUACAAAGGAAACUUCCAAGAACCAACCAGCCAACCCAAACCAACCCAACCCAUCUUCACCGCUCGUUCACCGUUUACCGCUUUCAAACAUGGUCUUCUCCGCCCACUGACUUAAACUCUUAUCACCGUCUUCAUCGCUUCUCAUUACCCACCCAAAGGCAACAAUGCUGCAGAUUCUCUAUUCUUCUUCUUAAAGUCAGCUUGGGUUCUUAGCUGCAUUCAUGUUCAUAUAUGUUGGAUCUUGCAGAAUAUCUAUAAAUUAUAGAGCUGAUGGGUGGUAUAACAUCAAAACGAUCAGCCACUGCUCAGUCCUCAUCUGGAGGAUCUAAUUCAUAUUCAUGGGAUCAUCAAAGAUAUGCACAGCCUUCAUAUGCCCCAUCAAACCAAGACUAUUCAUGGGAUCAUCAAAGAUAUGCACGGCCGUCAUAUGCUCCAUCAAGCCGAGACUAUGUUCCUCAGCAGCAUUAUGCCCCUCCACCUCAAAGCUAUGGUGGUCGUGCUCCAGAAUCGAACAGGAGGUUGGAGAGAAAAUAUUCGAAGAUAGAUGAUAACUACAAUAGCCUGGAGCAGGUCACUGAUGCGCUGGCCCGUGCUGGCUUGGAGUCUUCUAAUCUUAUUGUUGGUAUUGAUUUCACAAAGAGCAAUGAGUGGACAGGUGCCAGAUCAUUCCACCGAAGAAGUCUACAUCACAUUGGAGAUGAGCAGAACCCAUAUGAACAAGCAAUAUCCAUUAUUGGAAAGACAUUGUCUUCCUUUGAUGAGGAUAAUUUAAUUCCUUGUUUUGGAUUUGGAGAUGCAUCAACACAUGAUCAAGAAGUAUUCAGCUUCUAUCCAGAUGAGACAUUUUGCAAUGGAUUUGAAGAAGUGUUGAGACGAUACAGAGAAUUAGUGCCUAAUCUAAGACUUGCAGGACCAACAUCAUUUGCUCCUAUUAUUGAGAUGGCCAUCACCAUUGUUGAGCAAAGUGGUGGCCAAUACCACGUGUUACUGAUAAUAGCUGAUGGGCAGGUUACUAGAAGUGUUGAUACAGAGCGUGGCCAAUUAAGCCCACAAGAAAUGAAAACAGUUGAAGCGAUUGUGAGAGCAAGUGAGUAUCCCUUGUCAAUUAUAUUAGUUGGAGUUGGAGAUGGACCAUGGGACAUGAUGAGAGAAUUUGAUGAUAACAUUCCUGCUCGUGCCUUUGAUAAUUUCCAGUUUGUGAAUUUUACAGAAAUAAUGUCGAAGAAUAUGGAUAGGUCCAGAAAAGAGGCAGAGUUUGCUCUUGCAGCACUGAUGGAAAUUCCUUCUCAGUAUAAAGCAACACUAGAGCUUAGCAUAUUGGGUACUAGCAGGGGCAAGGAUAUUGAUAGGGUUCCUCUUCCCCCUCCUCUGUAUGGUGCGGCUUCUUUUAGUAACUCAAAACCUUCACGGUCAAGCAGUUUUCGUCCAACUCCACCUUCUUCUGGUAGACAUGAUGCACCUGUCAGAACAACUCCUCCUGCAAGUUCUGCUUCAGAUAAUCAUGUACUUUAUCUUAUCCUAAUUAUUAAUUGCCAUCCUUCGCUUUUGAGCUUCAAGCAAAUUCAAUAG